GGUUCAGAAUUUAAAAUAAUUGAAUGCAAUUACAAACAUUGCAUGGCUGCAUUUCAGGGUUCGGCUGUUUUCUCUUUGGAGUUUGGUUGGAAGUAAUGUAGUAAUACUUGUAGCGAGAGCAACUGGUUUACAAGAUGAGUGGAGAAGAACAGGACAUAUCGUCCGUCAUGGGCUUCGGUUCGUUCGGUUCGAAAUCGAGCACCAAAAAGGCUAGAACGUUUGACCUGGAAAGUAUGCUGGCUGAAACGCGAAAAACUGCCAGGCAGAGAUGUGGGGAUAGCUCUAAAUUGCAGCCAUCCUCUGUGCCAGACACUCACUCAGAGAAGCGCCAUCAUACUGAGAUCGAGGAAGAUGAUGAGAGCAAGGAAAUAGACGAUGAUGAAAAUGACAAUAAUGAGGAGCAGGAUGAGGACGAAGAAGAUGACUCCAGCGAUGAUGAUGCUGAUGAGAUGCCAGAGAAAAAUCGCGAUGUUCUGCCAAUAUCGAAGCAAGUUGAGCUAAAGCAUGGCACGAAGAUUAUCUCAGCAGUGUCUCUUGAUCCAGCUGGUGCCCGCCUUGUCACCGGAAGCUAUGAUUAUGAUAUUCAGCUUUGGGAUUUCAGUGCUAUGGACUCGUCUUUGCGGAGUUUCCGUACCAAGACUCCCUGGGAGGGCUAUCAAGUCAACAGUGUGGCGUAUAGUACCACUGGCGAUAAGUUCUCUGUGGCCACUACAAGCGCCCAGGUGAAAGUGUACGAUCGCAAUGGCGGUGAGGUUCUGGAGACGAUCAAAGGCGAUAGCUACCUUCACGACAUGACGCGUACCAAGGGUCACAUAUCGUGCGUUAACGUGACGUGCUGGCAUCCCCGCGAGAAAGAAGUGUUCCUGACAGGGGCGGACGACGGUACAAUUCGUUUCUGGAAUGUCACCGGAAAUGGGAAGAAGCACACGGAAAUCGUCAAAGUGCGCCAGCGUCAGGCCCGCCGAUUGCCAGUCACGGCAAUCCUUUGCAGCAGUAACGGAAAGCAAAUGGUUGCUGGCUGCCAAGAUGGUAGUUUGCAGCUGUACCCAAUGGGAGGGCCGUACGUACGGCCGUCUCUCAUUCGCGAGAAUGCCCAUUCUUCCGGUUUCGUCUCCUCACUGCUCAUGAAAUGCGACGGCCAUAGCCUUCUGAGCCGCGGUGGCGACGACAGCGUACGCCUGUGGGACAUACGUGCGCUGCGGCAACAGCCCGUCGCUGAGCGCACUGGCUUGACCACGCUGCAGCCAAUGAUGAACAUGGCGUUCAGUCCAUCUGAGAAGGCGCUGGCGGUACCACUCGCUGCUCCGGACCGCAAGUCGCUUGGCUGCGUGUCCUUCCUAGACUCCACUACACUGGAGGAGAAGAGCAGGAUAGACAUGCCCGGUAGCAGUAACCCAGUGUGUUGCCUGUGGCAUCCAAAGCUGAACCAGGUGGUCGUCGGCUGUGACAAAGGCAACGUCGCGGUGCUGUAUGACAGCAAGGUUAGCUUACGUGGCAUCACGGACAGCCUGGCCAAGCGUAAGAAGAAGGAGAUCAGCGGCACAACGUCGUUGUCACCCGGUGCCUUGCCAAUCAUCACGCCGCACUCGCUCAAGCUGUUCCGCGAGGAGCGCUACCAGCACGGGCGCAAGCGCGAGGACAAGCAUCGCCAAGAUCCCAUCAAGUCUCACCGACCGGAGCUUCCCAUGGACGGCGGUCACGGGAAAGGCGGCCGCAUAUCCGGCGGAAGCAGUCUCGCCCGCCACGUUGGACAGAACAUUGCAAAGAGAGUGUUGGAUAACAGUGAUCCACGUCAGUCCAUUCUUCGACAUGCCGAGGCAGCCAAGAAUGAUCCCUACUGGGUUUCUCCAGCCUACUCCAAGACACAGCCGGAGCCAAUUUUCCAGAAACCCGACGACGAGGAGGAAGAGGAAAAGUAAGGCUGUUGCUAUUAGGUUUUUUUCUCUUUGGAGUUUGGGUGGAAGUAAUGCAGUGACGCUUGUAGUCGGAGCAACUGAUUUAGAAGAUGAGCGGGGAGGAGCAGAAUAUAUCGUUCUUAGUGUGCUCUCUAUUAGCACUGACACCAACUUGUACAUAAUCCAUGUGAAUAGGUGAAUGGUUUGCCCAGGAGGAGUGCCGUGCCGAAUUAUUAAUUUUUUUGAUUGUGAAGAUUCUCAGUACUACUGUAUAUGUUGUGCUCCCCUCCUGUGUAUGCCUUACAUGUAGCAUAAUAUUAUGACAAUAGCUUCUUUUUUUUAUUCGAACAUCAUGAUUUAUGAGUUAGGCUGGUCCUUUCCUUUUAAAACCGACUCUCUCUUGAGUCCGAGCCCCAUGAUUAGGUACUGGUGGUACACUCUGUCGGAUACGACAUUUCUGUCUGGAUGAUUAUGUAGUCCGACUAAACAACUAUAUAAACGCUUGCUUUAUAUGUUUGGAGUGCUGUGGUCAGCACACAGACGCA